AGUGGUAAAGAAAGGGAAAGCGCUUUCCUACGCGUCGUGUGGAUCGGCUAUGAACAAAGAGAAUUCUGAUAUUGUGUAGCUUAUAUGGGGACGUCCAGAUAGCUGGUCUUUAUUUUAUAUUGCGAUUUUUGAAACAAGUUUUUUAUUUUUCCUAAAUUAGUUUUGGAUUCGUUUACUGCCUUUUGAGAUGCUUUCAGGUGUCUGGCAUUUGACUCUAUUCGGAUGUUUUCAGGAUUGGCAUUCAUAGAAUAAGCAACAGAAGAAACCAAACCAUUUACAGAGGAAAAGCCAGAACCUUUGCUUCCACCAUGGCUUCGAACACCAAUGGCACACAGCCCACCCUUAAUCCCAGUGCAGUCUCCACUGGGGAGGGACAAGGACCACGAGACCAAGAGGAGGGAAAUGCACAACACGAGGAUGCAUCCAGCCCCAGCCCUGGCACACCUCACCCAGGGACAGAGGAGCACCAGGUUCUUCUUCCUGCCGAACAGACUGCAUCUGAAGUGGUCUCACCCAAAGGGGAAGUGGUUGUUGUCAAUGAGAAGAUGGAGAACAGCAAUGGGAUUUGUGCUGCUCCUUCAAGUGCCACUUCACCCUCCUCUCUCUCCUCCCAUCCUCGCCGCCCUCAUGCCAAAUCCUAUUCUCACAAGGGAAGGGUCAGGGCUGGCAGUCGGUCUGGCUUACUUGGUCACGUGACCACAUCGCCACGCCCUUCACUGUCUCAUCAUCCCAGCAUUGCUAUGAGCAGCCCUGGGGAUAGGGCCAAGCCCAGGGACUACCUGGUCCUGGCCAUCCUAGCCUGCUUCUGCCCUGCAUGGCCCAUCAACAUUGUGGGAUUUGCUUACUCUGUCAUGUCCAGGAACAGUCUGGAGCAGGGUAAUGUGGAUGGGGCGCGACGUCUGGGCCGGGUGGCCAAGCUUCUUUCUGUGGUCUCACUGGUGGGAGGAGUCAUCAUCAUUGUCUGCAUGGUCUGCUGGGGGCUUCAACUGAAAUCCUGAUCAUCUCCCUCAGCGCAGACCAGGAUUUAAGGAAGUGCUGAUUACAACAUUCCAGUAAUCACCCAUCUCUCAGAAGUCACUUUUCUCUCUAUCAUGUUUGCAUUUGGUGACCCAGAAGAUCAGACCGCCACCGUAGAAAAGCAGUCUAACUAUUUAUUUUUUUUGUUUGUUUUUGUUGUUGGGUGGGGAGUGGGGUGGUAAUGAGAACCUGAAAUUCACACUAAUGUAGAUCAAGGCAUCUGUUGAAUCAGCGUGACUGAAGAGCCUCGGUGACACCAAGCUGUGUUGUACUCAGUCCAGGACUAGAGACUUCACAUAUGACCCCAUGUGCCAUGAUGGAAAAUUGGAUAGAACAAGGAACUGAUGACAAGCAAAGACCUGCAUAAUAUAAUAUAAUUUUGCAUUAUCCAAUGCUAAAUAUCUGAAAAGAAAAUAUGUUGUCCUGUAUCAGCUCAAGACUCCAAUAUCAACCUUGUGUCAAAUUGGGAGUGUGUUUCAAAAUGGGAUUGUAUAAACAGAAUGCCUGUAUCAAACUAAAUGAGACUUUCUUCAGAAUGUGGUACUUUUAUUUAGCAAAAUGGAAAUGUAUGGUAUUUCCAUUUUACUACAUUAUUUCAACAAUUUAAAUUGAUCUAACCCUUAUACUAACAUGACAAGAACUCGCCAUGAUAUGAAAAGUAUUCACCAAAAAUAUUUAAAGGUCUAGACCUGGCUAGUUGCAGAGCUGUGCAUGUGUUCAAAAAAACUGCAUAGCGUAUACACACCAACACAUACUGAGUGCAGCAGACACCAAUCUCUAUCAGAACUCUGAAUAUACUGUAUGUUUCCAACAUUUAGUUAUGUUUUAGAAUACAUGCUCACUAGUGUUUUAUUGUUGAGCCCAUUUAUAAAGAUGAAUUGACUGACAUGCUGCAGUGUUACAGUGCUACUCAGCACUACAGUGCACUUACCAAAUGUAUAUCUGCACCUCAGACAUCUAAUGGCUGGUAGGUGCAAGUAUAGCCAAGUUCUUUGAAUAUUGUUCUGAUUCUGUCUUAAAAACACUGUGACGAUUACAUGGGUGCUGUUUUCAGUUAGCAUGUAAAAAAAAUAGGAGGUGGAGAUGAGUACCUUCUUCACUCUGACCCACUUAAGAAACUGCUGCAUGUGACGCUAUUUCACUCCUCUUCCUGUGAAUGAUCUGUUUUUUGAGGCAGGCUACAAAUACUGAUAUGUAUAACCAGCUUUCUCUGAUAUAUUGCUGGAAAAAAUAUUUAAAUUUUUUAUGUGUAUCACUUUAAGGUUUAACACUUCGAAUUGUGAAUCUGACUGUUAAUUGUGCAUAGGCAAAAAUUAAACCAAUGGAAAUGACACACUAUUAUAAGUUUGGAGUUUGGACUUGUAGUAAAGACAUUGUGAGUAUCUGUUUAAAUGGGGUACUUAUUAUUCAUCAAGGAUUCUGUGUUGAUACUCUGGAUAUGUUUACAUCCCCAACAGGGGCACAGGAAGAUACUACAGUAAGAAGAUGUUCCCUUGUUAGGUAGGCAGUUUUAUGUCUCUUACUUUUUACUUGCUUGUUAUUUCGUAAACUGAAAGUAGUGUAGCUUGUCAAUAAAAUGAGUACAACUUA